GAAGCAGCGUUUCCAUUUUUUUGCUAGAAGUAUCAGCCAUUCUAGACUAUUUUUUCAAGUGCAAGUGCUCCAGUCAUUCUUGAUCGAUCUUGGCAGUAGUUCAGAAGGGCUACUUGAGCUGCUAUAGUGAUGGUGAGCGCUCCUUUUCAGGAACAGCGCUCACGAUCGUCCUCCGAUCGAGAGGUGAACUCGGGCGCUUUGCUGUACAGGUGUUAUUUUUCAAUAGAUGGCGUCUUUGCGUACUGUCAAGGCUGGGAAGUACACAGGCAAACUCGAUGCCAUCAUCAUCGUCAUCAUUAUCAUCGUUUAAUUAUCGUCGUCAUUUACAUUCGGCAUAUUUCUGGAUAUAGACUCUUCUGCAACUCAAACUCUCGAGAUGUUAUACGCAACUUCUGCAUCUGCGCUGCAAGUGGGUUACUUUGCUAAAGCCGAAUAGCUGGCGGCAGUUGUAAUAGCUACUAUUCGUCGUGUGGGAAGAACAAGGACAUCGUAGUAACUAGUACAUCCGCGACACGAGUAGGCGAGCGCCAGCUAUAACUGUAGACAGUCAUCGCCCGCCAGAUUUCCUGCAUGAUUUGGCCAAAAUUUGAC